AAACCUUCACCGGUAUAUUCAUAGGACACUACCAUAUCCCAAAACUCAGCCGGAAACUAGGUGUUGCUGCGAUUGAAUCGAAAAAUAUGGCGGACGAAGUGAAGUUGUAUGCUGUUGGAGGAAGUCCAUUUGUCUGCAGAGUCAAAAUUGCUUUGAAUCUCAAGGGAAUCAAGUAUGARAACUUCGARGARGAUCUGAGUAACAAGAGUGCCGACCUUCUCAAGUACAAUCCGGUUCAUAAGAAGGUACCGGUGCUGGUGCACAACGGAAAGUCGAUCUCGGAAUCUCUUGUGAUCGUUGAGUACAUUGAUGAUGUCUGGAAAGGAGUUCCGAUUUUGCCACAGGAUCCUUAUGAGAAGGCUGUUGCUCGAUUUUGGGCGAAAUUCAUUGACGAAAAGGUAAUGAUUUCAUUUUCUCUCUUAAUCCUGAUUAAUGAUACUG